AGACGCGCGUAACAGUGACACAAAUGUCGGCAGACGAGAAAUUCUGAUUAUAAUUUGACGAGAAUGUUUUUAAUUUCGAUCCACAGUAAUUGCUCAGCACUAAAGCUUGGAUAUGUAAAACGUUUCAGGGAUGUCGGGGCCGGAUGCUCCGGCGGAUUUUCGGUUGGAGUACAUCGGAUCCUUUGUGCAGAAGUCCUUGAAAUUAAAACCAGAAAAGUGGGGUCGUCUGCUUUUGACCGAGGAUUACCGUAACACAGUUAUAGAUUUUCUGGACAAUCCAAAGCCUCCGGCGCUGUUUGUCGUCCUAACACCAAACGCGCAGCUCGUUGCCUCGUCGGGCUUUCCAAUACCGUGUCAAAGGACCAAAGGGACUUACGCCGUUAAAGUAAAGCUCAUACCUGUACCAAAGGACAAGACUGGAUGCAUCAAAACCCUGAUAUUGGGCGACCUCGCCUCUCGGGUCGUCGACCAGCUGGCCACACUCGUUGAUGAAAUAUUUGCUCCUCUGUUGAGCAACCCGGACAACCACAAAGAGCUUCCAGAGAUUGCCGUCCAGGAUCUGGCGAAGCAUGUUCAUUCUUUGCGGGGAACGUUGUACCAGGUCAAAGGACAGGUCAACGGCAGAACGGUUUUACCGAUGCCAGCGGGACUCGAAAAGGUGGGGGAGGUUGAAAGGUUAGUCUCCACCACUGGACCGGAGGCCGUUGAUCUGUAUCUGAAAAGCGCGAUCGAAGGGGUUGUCAUUAAGUGGGCGUACCUGGUCAACGACGUCGUGACCCACGAGUCGAGCAGUGCUUUUGACAACGGACAAAACCCGACUCCGAAUACUGAAUUGGAGUACUGGUCAACCAGACUGGCAAACUUGAGGUACAUAUUCGAACAGCUCCGCGAGGACCGUGUGAAAAAGAUGGCUAUCAUCCUCGAAAAGACAGAUAGCGCGUAUUUUCCCUGCUUCCGUACCCUUUUCGGAAACGUCGUGUCAGCCUUAGCGGAGGCGCGGGAAGUGUCGCUGUACCUUUCGCCCUUGACGAAGAACUUCAAAAGCAUCGAAGAAACCGACUUCGCCGACGCCAAGCCGUUGAUGGGCCCGUUGAUACACACGGUGGGACUCGCCUGGAGCCUGUCGAAGUAUUACCAGAGCUCUUCGAAGCUGAUUAUCCUGCUACGGCAAAUUUGCAACCUGCUGAUUCAGGAGGCCCGAAGAUUCCUCGAUCCUUCGUCGAUAUUUCAGAGCGACGUUGACGAGGCUCUGCAACGAGUGAAAAUUUCCAGAGGGGUUCUCGAGGAAUUCAAGUGCCAAUUUGAGCGGAGAAGAAAUGUGCCUGGCAUGAAGCCAGACGCUCCGCCAUGGACGUUCAAUCCGAUAGCAGUUUUCCACCGUUUGGACGCGUUUUUGAAACGUCUUGCUGACAUCGAGUGGUUGUUUCACACCGUACUUGAGUUUUCGAAAUUGGAAAAGAUCGAAAUUGGCGGCAUUUUGGGCAGGUCAUUGAGCACCAGAGUAGUCGGCGUAUUUAAAGAGUUUCAGCAACUGUUCGCAUCAUUCUCUGCGAGGGCGAGCGACGUACUCGAACCUGACGACGAGACCUUCGCCGUCGAUUGCAAAAGGUUUAAUGACGCCAUCACCGACUUGGACAGUAAACUUGCAGCGAUUCUGUGCCAGGCCUUUGACGACUGCGGUAACCUCGAAAGUACUUUCAAACUUAUAAACAUAGCAGGGACUGUCCUGGAUAGACCAGUAAUUCGCAAACAAUUUACGGAUCGGUAUUCAAGGGUGCUUGAACUGUUAAAUGCCGAGUUGACGAUGGUUGAAGUUCUGUUCAACCGAGGUACUCGUGGCGCCAUGAGCAGCCUUCCGCCUCUAGCAGCUGCUUUACGAUUUACAAGCAUGCUGAGGCAGCGAAUCGAUUUACCCGUGCAGUGCUUCAAGGCUCUACAGCAUUCAAUCAUUGACACCAAGGACGGAAAGAAUAUAAUAAAGCGACACGAACGACUUAUUGAGAUUCUGUGCGCGAGAGAAGAAUCGCUGUUCACUGACUGGGUUAAAAUCGUUCCAAAAUCCGUGGCUGACGGUCUCAACCGUCCGUUAGUGAUGAGAUGCUCGGAUUCUUCUCUAGCUUUGAAUUUCGAUCAAGAACUUCUCGCGGUUCUCAAAGAAGUCAACUACCUGAAGCUUAUCUCACACGCGGACAUCCCUAACGAAGCAGUAGAGGUAAAUGAUGUCUUACCACCACAAAUUUUUUCAGCAACUAUCAAAGAAUUAUUUCAACUUCAGGUUUCCGAACGGUCCGAAACGUUCAGAAAAUUUCGUACUCUUCUGGGCAGCACCGUCGAUGCGUACAAUAAUAUCCGUCGAACAUCGCGAAGGGUCGAGUUCAAUUUGAUCGAGCUCGAAGUGGCGACGAUUGAUUCGUUGAUAUCGAGGGGAGAAAACGAAUUGUGUUGGAAAUCAGAGGGCCUGCUCGAGUACAUUACCGAGUUGGAUAGGCUGGUCCACGGGCUAUGGACGCGGCUAAAGGAGACCCAGAGUAACGUGGAAAAGAUAGACAUGAUCCUAGAACCGUGGACAAAAACGCCGUUGAUCGAGCGCAAGGAUCGCAGAAAGGACGCUUUACUGUCGCUCGAUGAACGCACGGAGAAAGUAUCGAAGCGAUACGCCGACAUUGAAAAGGCUUCGGAACAAAUUCACGCCCUCUUGGCCGCGAACAAGGCCCUCUUCGAGGCUAAUGAUAACGAGAACGAAAGUUGGGACAUUUACGUGACAUACGUAGACGGCAUCGUCUCGGAAUCACUUCGACGAGCUGUGGGAUGCUGCUUGGGUUACUUAGCGGACAACAUGGAUCCGUCGGGGCAAAAGGAACCGUUAUUGGAGGCAAAACUCGAGUUGCGAGAACCGGAUCUGUUCUACGUCCCGUCACUCGAGCCGGAGGAUCCAGAUGGUCUGGAUCAGUUGAUCGCCGGGCUGUUGAACGACAUGAUUGGAAUGGCCGCACUUGUUCCGAGAUUGUGCAGAAAUGCGCAAGGAUACGGGGCUGAGAUGGAAAAUGACGAGGACAUCAGAGCUAUGAAGUCUGAGAUACUUGCUGGCGUGGCAAAGGCGGUUGAAGACGCCACGGAAUUCUGUGGUAUAUUUGAAGGCUACGCUUAUUUGUGGCUCGAGGAUCGGGAGUCUGUGAUGCAGCAGUUUCUGGAAUACAGUCGACAAUUAACGAUGGACGAGAUGGAGAUGAUUGCUGCUGGGGAUCCCAAGGCCCCCGAGCGAUCUCCUCCCCGAAUGGAACAGUUUCGAGAGCAGAUAGAUCUCUACGAGGGGCUCUACCUUGAAAUCGAGGAAAUGAAUCCGUCCAAAGUGUUUUGCGGCUGGUUCCGAGUCGAUAUCAGGCCGUUCAGACAGUCGUUGUUGAAUACGGUGUGCAAGUGGUCGAGUAUGUUCAAAAAACAUCUCGUAGAACGCGUUACCAGCAGCCUGUCAGACUUGGGCUCCUUUAUUAGACUCGCGGAUGAAGGUCUUCUGCAACAGAUACAGCCUGGAGAUUACGCGGGUCUCGUUAGCGUGAUGGGAUUUUUAAUGCAAGUCAAAGAACGCCAGCCAACAACGGACGAGAUGUUUCAACCUCUCCAGGAAACUGUUGAGCUUUUGAAAUUUUACGACCAAGAUAUACCGGAGGAGGUAAAUGUCUUGCUGCAGGAAUUACCGGAGCAAUGGGCAAACACGAAAAAGUUAGCGUUGGUGGUGAAACAACAAGUUGCACCGUUACAAGCGGGAGAGGUGUCUAGGAUCAGAGGGCGUAUAUCAGCCUUCGAUACGACAAUUUGUCACUAUCGCGAGGCGUUCCGGCGUUACGGAUUCUUCAAGUACAGCUGUGAGGAUCCUUACAAGCAGCUCGACGAAGCUGACAAAGAGAUUUCGAUGCUGGAGCGGCAGAUGAUGGAUAUACAAGAGUCUGCCUCCCUCUUCGAAGUCACUGUUCCCGACUUCAAGCAAUUGCGACAGUGUAGAAAAGAGCUGAAAAUGUUGAAGCAGCUAUGGGAUUAUGUUCACAUUGUGCGGAGCAGCAUCGAAGGGUGGAAAACCACCCCGUGGCGAAAGAUUGACGUUGAGAAUAUGGAUAUUGAAUGUAAAAAGUUCGCGAAGGAAAUCAGAGCAUUGGACAAGGAAAUGAGACCCUGGGACACGUACAUCUCGUUGGAGGCGACGGUGAAAAAUAUGCUGACGUCCUUGCGAGCUGUUGGAGAAUUGCAGAAUCCGGCAAUUCGCGAACGACAUUGGCGUCAGCUGAUGAAUAGUACUAAGGUUCGCUUCGUCAUGGAUGCGUCGACGACAUUGGCCGAUUUGCUCGAGUUGAGCUUACACGAAUGCGAAGACGAGGUGAAAAACAUCGUCGACAAAGCGGUGAAGGAAAUGUCUAUGGAAAAAUAUUUGCGCGAACUCAACGCGACGUGGUCGGCGAUGGAAUUUGAGAAGGAGAUUCAUUCCAGAACUGGGGCAAGCUUGUUGCGGGCGAGCGAAGAGUUGAUCGAAACGCUGGAGGAGAAUCAGGUUCAACUGCAGAAUCUUAUCACAUCAAAAUUCAUCGCUCAUUUUCUGGAGGAAGUUUCCACUUGGCAGAAGAAACUUUGCAUUGCCGAUCAAGUCACGACAGUUUGGUUCGAGGUUCAGCGUACUUGGAUGCAUCUGGAAAGCAUUUUCAUGUCCUCCGAGGAUAUUCGUCGUCAAUUGCCGGUGGAUUCUGACCGCUUCGAUCGAAUAGACGGAGAAUUUAAAGAAAUGAUGCAAGAUAUGGCGAAGACACCGAAUGUAGUCGAGGCGACAAAUCGAGACGGUUUGCUCUCUGCUUUAGACGAGCUGCAGAAGGAACUCGUUUUAUGCGAGAAAGCACUCGCGGAAUACUUGGAGACUAAACGAUUGGCCUUUCCUAGAUUUUAUUUCGUAUCUUCCAGCGACCUUCUUGAUGUUCUAUCGAACGGUAAUCAGCCAGUGAUUGUCGCUAGACACUUGAUCAAGCUGUUUGACUCGAUGGCCCAGCUUAAUUUCGUCGACGUCGAAGAAGGCGCACCCAGGCGCGUUCUUGGCAUGCAUGCCAAAGACGGUGAGUAUGUGGAGUUCACUAACUGUGAAAUGGUCUGCGCUGGACCGGUAGAAGUCUGGCUAAAUCGUCUUCAACAUGCCAUGAGAGCAACAAUUCGUUUCUAUUUUGGUGAGGCGGUCGUCACCUACGAGGAGAAGCCGCGCGAGCAGUGGCUUUUCGAUUACCCAGCACAGGUCUCACUAUGCGGUACGCAAAUCUGGUGGACAACCGAGGUAAACCUCGCAUUUUCGAGACUCGAGGAAGGGUAUGACAAUGCCAUAAAGGAUUACUUGAAGAAGCAGAUAUCCCAGUUGAGCACUCUGAUUACCCUCCUACUGGGGGAGCUGACUAAGCAGAACAGACAGAAGGUAAUGACGAUUUGUACGAUCGAUGUUCACUCGAGAGACGUCGUCGCCAAGCUGGUUCAAGCCAAGGUUGAAACCGCCCAAGCUUUUCAAUGGCAGAGUCAACUCCGUCAUAGAUGGGACGAAAAGGAAAAAGAUUGCUUCGCAAAUAUCUGCGAUGCACAGUUCAGAUACUCUCACGAAUAUCUAGGAAACACACCGAGGUUGGUAAUCACUCCGUUAACGGACAGAUGCUACAUAACAUUGACUCAGUCCUUGCAUCUGGUGAUGGGUGGUGGUCCUGCGGGUCCUGCGGGUACGGGAAAAACUGAGACGACCAAGGACUUAGGCAGAGCGUUGGGUAUAAUGGUUUACGUUUUCAACUGCUCAGAGCAAAUGGAUUACAAGUCUUGUGGGAAUAUUUACAAAGGUUUGGCUCAGACCGGUGCGUGGGGUUGCUUUGACGAGUUCAACAGAAUCUCGGUGGAAGUAUUGUCUGUAGUCGCUGUCCAAGUGAAGUCCGUCCAAGACGCGAUAAGAGACAAGAAGGACAAGUUCAAUUUCAUGGGUGAGAUAAUCGCGAUGGUUCCAUCGGUUGGAAUAUUCAUAACAAUGAAUCCCGGAUACGCCGGGCGGACAGAGUUGCCGGAAAAUCUGAAGGCUCUUUUUCGACCCUGUGCAAUGGUCGUUCCGGAUUUCGAGCUGAUUUGCGAAAUUAUGUUGGUCGCUGAGGGUUUCCAAGAGGCGAGGAUACUGGCAAGAAAAUUCAUUACUCUGUACACGCUGUGCAAGGAACUGCUUUCGAAGCAGGAUCACUACGACUGGGGGCUCAGGGCUAUAAAGUCGGUUUUAGUCGUUGCAGGAAGUUUGAAACGCGGUGACCCUGGACGACCGGAGGAGGAGGUCCUGAUGCGAGCUUUACGAGAUUUUAAUAUACCAAAAGUCGUAUCGGACGAUUUUCCCGUGUUCAUGGGACUUAUCGCGGACUUGUUUCCCGCCCUAGACGUACCCAGAAAACGUGACUUGGAGUUUGAGAAAACCGUGAAACAAGCAGCUGCGGAUUUGAGCCUUCAGCCCGAAGACGGGUUCAUACUGAAAGUCGUGCAACUCGAGGAGUUGCUGGAGGUGAGACACUCCGUGUUUGUGGUUGGUACGGCCGGUUCUGGAAAGACUCAAGUUUGGAAAUCGCUGUUCAGGACAUAUCAGAACAUCAAGAGAAAACCGAUGUACAAUGACCUGAAUCCGAAGGCAGUAACGAACGACGAACUCUUCGGAAUCAUAAACCCAGCUACCAGAGAAUGGAAGGACGGUCUGUUUUCCGUCAUAAUGCGAGAGCAGGCAAACCUUGGAGGCGAUAAUCCAAAGUGGAUCGUCCUUGACGGUGAUAUAGAUCCAAUGUGGAUAGAGUCACUGAACACCGUGAUGGACGACAAUAAAGUUCUGACGCUUGCCAGCAACGAGAGAAUAGCGUUGACUCCAGCGAUGCGGUUGCUCUUCGAAAUAUCGAACCUCAGAACGGCAACACCGGCGACCGUAUCUCGGGCCGGUAUUCUGUAUAUCAACCCUCAGGAUUUGGGCUGGAAUCCAUAUGUAACCAGUUGGAUAGAGACGAGAACUUUACCGGCGGAGAAAUCGAACUUAGUUAUACUUUUCGACAAGUAUAUUCCACCCUGUUUGGAAACGCUGAGAACAAGGUUUAAGAAGAUAACACCGAUCGCUGACAUGGCUCACGUAGAAAUGCUCUGUCAUCUGCUGAACUGUCUUCUGCAGCCAGAUUUAACCGCCGUUGAUUUUACCAAAGAACAUUAUGAGCUGUAUUUCGUAUUCGCUGCGGUUUGGGCGUUUGGAUCUUCCAUGUUUCAGGAUCAGACGGUCGACUAUCGCGUGGAAUUCACAAAAUGGUGGGUGAAUGAGUUUAAGCAAGUCAAAUUCCCGUCGCAAGGAACCGUGUUCGAUUAUUUCAUCGACUACGAGACGAAGAGUUUCGUUCCCUGGACGGAACGUCUGCCGAAAUUUGAACUUGACCCAGACAUACCGUUGCAGGCCGUGUUAGUUUACACCGCUGAAUCGAUAAGGAUAAGGUACUUUCUCGACUUGCUGAUGUCGGAAAAGCAUCCGGUAAUGUUGGUCGGUACGGCGGGAAGCGGGAAGACGGUUUUGGUAUCCGAGAAGUUGUUGCAACUCUCGGAGAAUUACGCUAUCGCAAAUGUUCCUUUCAAUUUUUACACAUCCUCAGAGAUGCUUCAAAAGAUACUUGAGAAACCAUUGGAGAAAAAAGCUGGUCGGAACUAUGGACCCCCCGGAAACAAAACGCUGGUGUACUUUAUCGACGAUAUGAAUAUGCCGGAAGUAGACACGUACGGAACGGUUCAGCCCCACACUCUGAUCCGGCAGCAUUUAGACUACGGACAUUGGUACGACAGGACAAAGCUGUCAUUGAAAGAUAUCCACAACUGCCAGUACGUGAGCUGCAUGAAUCCCACGGCCGGAUCGUUUACUAUAAAUCCUAGACUCCAACGGCAUUUCUCCGUUUUUGCAGUUAGCUUUCCGAACACGGAAUCUCUGACUACUAUCUACGCGUCCAUACUGUCUCAGCACUUCGCGAACGUCGAGCACAGGUUUCCGCUCACCGUCACUGAACUCUGUAACCCGAUCGUUCAAGCGUCUCUUCAGCUGCAUCAUCGUUCUUCCCAAGUAUUUUUGCCGACGGCUGUGAAAUUUCAUUAUAUAUUCAACCUCAGAGACUUUUCGAAUUGCUUCCAAGGCUUGCUAUUCAGUGGAAACGAAUGCUUGCAAGGCUCCAUAGAUGUCAUCAGACUAUGGAUGCACGAAACGCAGCGCGUGUAUGGCGACAAAUUGACUGACGAAAAGGAUAUCGAGUCUUUCUCAAAACUACAGUUGGAUACUUUGAAAAAAAAUGUCGAGGAGGUGGAUGAAAGCGCGCUCCUUGAAAAGCCAAACAUUUACUGCCACUUUGCAGGAGGCAUUGGGGACCCCAAGUACAUGCCAGUAACGGAUUGGGCGGUACUGCAUCGUCUGCUGACCGAGGCUUUGGUUAGCUACAACGAUCUCGUUGCGGCAAUGAACCUCGUCCUUUUUGAGGAUGCGAUGAUGCACGUGUGUCGGAUAAAUCGGAUAUUGGAAUCGCCUAGAGGAAGCGCACUGCUUGUGGGAGUCGGUGGUUCAGGAAAGCAAAGUUUAUCGAGGUUAGCAGCGUUCAUAAGCGCGCUUGAAGUGGCGCAAAUACAAUUGAGAAAAGGAUACGGGGUUACGGAUUUGCGAACGGAACUGGCUGGCCUCUACUCGAAAUCCGGUCUAAAAAACGUCGGGAUGAUGUUCCUGAUGACGGACGCUCAGGUGCCAAACGAACAGUUCCUGGUUCUCAUCAACGACAUGUUAGCCUCGGGGGAAAUUCCCGACUUAUUCCCCGAAGAUGAAGUUGAGAAUAUAAUAGCGGGCGUACGGAACGAGGUCAAGGGGGCUGGUAUAUUGGACACACGUGAAAAUUGCUGGAAAUUCUUCAUCGAUCGGGUUAGACGACAGCUGAGAAUUGUGCUCUGCUUUUCACCCGUUGGUUCGACCCUACGUGUAAGAUCGAGGAAAUUCCCCGCUAUCAUAAACUGCACGGCGAUAAAUUGGUUUCACGAAUGGCCGCAGGAAGCUUUGAUGUCUGUGUCGAAAAGGUUUUUGCAGGAACUUAACGAGCUGCCGGAAAGUUAUAGAGAAUCAGCGGCAAGAUUCAUGGCUCAUGCUCACACUAGUGUAAACGCGGCGAGUCGUUUGUACCUGGCGAGUGAACGGCGAUACAAUUACACAACUCCGAAAUCCUUCCUCGAACAAAUCAGCCUGUACACCAAGCUUUUGCGCACAAAAUCGAAGGAGCUUCAAGGACGGGUAGAGCGGCUUGAAAACGGUUUAGCUAAGCUGCGAUCGACGGCGGCUCAGGUAGACGAAUUAAAGGAGAAAUUGGCAGUUCAAGAAAUCGAAUUACAGCAAAAGAACGACGCUGCGGAUGCGCUGAUCGCUAUAGUCGGCGUCGAGACAGAUAAAGUUCAAACGGAAAAGGCUCUGGCUGACGAAGAGGAAUCGAAGGUGGCCAUAAUAGCCCAAGAGGUAUCGAAAAAACAAAAGGACUGUGAGGUGGACCUGAUGAAAGCCGAACCGGCUUUGCUGGCUGCCCAAGAAGCUUUGAAUACCCUGAAUAAAGCGAAUCUUACUGAGUUGAAAUCGUUCGGUUCACCGCCUGGGGCUGUGACCAAUGUCACCGCAGCCGUAAUGGUGCUCUUGGCACCCGGCGGUAAAGUGGCCAAAGAUAGAAGCUGGAAGGCGGCUAAGAUCGUCAUGGCUAAGGUCGACACGUUCUUGGACGCCCUGAUCAAUUACGACAAGGAGAAUAUUCAUCCGGAAGUGAUAAAGGCCAUACAACCAUAUCUAAAGGAUUCCGAAUUCGAACCAGAGUUCGUAAGGUCAAAGUCUGCCGCCGCUGCUGGUCUAUGUGCCUGGGUUAUUAAUAUUAUUAAAUUCUAUGAAGUCUUCUGCGACGUUGAGCCAAAGCGAAAAGCCCUGGCUCAAGCGAACGCUGAGUUAGCGGCGGCUCAGGACAAGCUCGGCGUCAUAAAACGAAAAGUGGCUUCGCUGGAAGAACAACUGGCAAAAUUGACUGCUGACUUUGAACAAGCUGUCGCUGAAAAAUUGAAGUGUCAACAAGAGGCGGACGCGACGAAUGCAACGAUUCAAUUGGCUAACAGACUGGUCGGUGGUUUAGCCUCAGAGAACGUCCGAUGGGCCGAUUCAGUGGCAAACUUCAUGCAGCAAGCUACGACUCUGCCGGGUGAUGUGCUACUGGUAACAGCGUUUAUCUCUUACGUCGGUUGUUUCACAAAGCAAUUCCGUUUGGAUCUUCAGAACAAACAAUGGUUUCCCUUUUUGCGAACACUGGAGCCUGCUGUGCCGAUAACGGAGGGUCUGGACCCACUCUCCCUUCUCACAGACGACACGCAAAUAGCCAAGUGGAACAACGAGAGCCUGCCCAACGAUAGAAUGUCGACGGAAAACGCGACCAUUCUGACAAACUCUGACAGGUGGCCACUGAUGAUAGACCCGCAGUUGCAGGGAAUAAAAUGGAUAAAGCAAAAGUACGGGGACGAUUUGCGGAUCAUUCGUCUGGGACAAAGAGGUUUUUUGGAGGUAAUCGAAGUGUCUUUGGCGAGCGGGGCCACGGUCUUGGUUGAAAAUAUCGGUGAGACGGUCGAUCCGGUUCUCGACCCUCUACUGGGUCGUAACUUGAUAAAGAAAGGUCGGGCUAUAAAAAUCGGCGACAAGGAGGUUGAGUACAAUCCGAAAUUCAGGCUGCUUCUUCACACAAAGUUGGCAAACCCUCACUACAAGCCAGAAAUGCAGGCGCAGACAACUCUGAUAAACUUCACGGUGACUAGAGACGGUUUGGAAGAUCAACUGCUCGCGGAAGUAGUCAAGGCCGAAAGACCGGACCUCGAGGAGCUCAAGGCCGAGUUGACAAGGCAGCAGAAUGACUUUAAAAUCACGUUGAACGGAUUGGAAGAUUCUCUCCUCUCAAGGUUGUCUUCAGCUGGAAGUAACGUCCUCGGGGACACGGCGCUGGUUGAAAACUUGGAGACGACUAAGCGUACGGCUGCCGAGGUCGAGUGCAAGGUUACAGAGGCCAGGGGCACCAGCAAGGAGAUAGACGCUGCUCGUGAACUCUAUCGACCGGCAGCGGCUCGUGCCUCGUUGCUUUACUUUAUUCUGAAUGAUUUGAACACGAUAAAUCCGAUAUACCAGUUCUCCCUGAAAGCCUUCAGCGUCGUUUUUCAAAUGGCCAUACUGAAGGCUGAUCCGGCGCCCGACGUCACCGGCCGGGUGAAAAAUCUCAUCGAGUGCAUAACGUAUUCCGUAUUCAUGUACACGACGAGGGGACUGUUUGAGUGCGAUAAGCUCAUUUUUGUGUCUCAGAUGGCAUUCCAGAUCCUAUUAACGAACGGGGAAAUCUUGGCCCCCGAGUUGGACUUCUUGUUGAGGUUUCCAAUUACCCCGCACGUUACGUCGCCGGUUGAAUUUCUCUCGAACACCAGCUGGGGUGGAAUAAGAAGCUUGGCUACAAGAGACGACUUCCGAAAUCUUGACCGAGACAUUGAAAGCUCUUCGAAACGUUGGAAGAAACUUGUCGAAUGCGAGUGUCCGGAACGUGAGAAGUUUCCUCAGGAAUGGAAGAACAAAACCGCCCUUCAACGCCUCUGCAUGCUCAGAGCCUUGCGCCCAGACAGAAUGACUUACGCGAUUUCAGCUUUUAUCGAGGAAAAACUUGGCCCUCGAUACGUCGAAGGUAGAACCGUAGAAUUCGCCAAGUCUUACGAAGAAACCAGCCCCACCACACCGAUAUUCUUCAUAUUAUCGCCAGGGGUGAAUCCUCUAAAGGACGUUGAAGCCCUAGGCCGGAAGUUAGGGUUCACCUUCGACGCCCAGAAUUUCCACAACGUGUCUCUUGGCCAGGGGCAGGAGAUUGUAGCCGAACAAGCAAUGGACGAGGCAGCAAAAAUGGGCCACUGGGUGGUACUCCAAAAUAUUCAUCUCGUGAAAAAAUGGUUGCCAUUGUUAGAGAAGAAGUUGGAAAUUGCUGCCGAAGGCUCUCAUCUGGAUUACAGAGUUUUUAUGAGCGCUGAGCCAGCGAGUUCUGCGGCUGGUCACAUAAUACCACAAGGUAUCCUGGAAUCGUCAAUCAAAAUCACAAACGAACCUCCCACUGGCAUGCAAGCAAACUUGCACAAGGCCCUGGAUAAUUUCACCCAAGAAACGCUCGAGAUGUGCGGCAAGGAGGCGGAGUUCAAGGCGAUACUGUUUUCUCUGUGCUAUUUCCACGCUGUGGUCGCGGAGCGGCGUAAAUUCGGCCCUCAGGGGUGGAACAAAAUUUAUCCAUUCAACGUCGGCGACCUCAACAUAAGCGUCAGUGUGCUUUACAAUUAUUUGGAAGCGAGUCCGAAGGUGCCUUGGGAGGACCUCAGGUACUUGUUCGGGGAGAUCAUGUACGGCGGACACAUUACCGACGACUGGGAUCGCAGACUGUGCGUGUCUUACCUCGAAGAAUUAAUGCAGCCAGACUUAGUCGACGGGGAACUUCAACUAGCUCCAGGAUUCGCGGCGCCUCCGAACACGGAUUUGGUCGGAUACCACACUUACAUCGACGAGGCAAUGCCACCAGAGUCUCCGUACUUGUACGGACUCCAUCCCAACGCAGAGAUUGGUUUCCUCACAACGACGUCUGAGAAUUUGUUCCGAACAGUGUUCGAGAUGCAGCCGAGAGACGCCGGAAGUUCAGGAGGUCAAACAGUGACCCGAGAAGACAAGGUGAAGCAAAUCUUGGAUGAGGUAAUGGAAAAACUUCCGGAAGAAUUCAACAUGAUCGAGAUAAUGGGUAAAGUGGAGGAACGAACGCCUUACGUGAUCGUCGCCUUCCAAGAGUGCGAAAGGAUGAAUUAUCUCACUGGCGAGAUGAAGAGGAGCCUCCGUGAGCUAGACCUCGGUCUUAAAGGAGAACUGACGAUCACUUCGGACAUGGAAGUUCUCGAGACCGCUCUCUUCUUCGACCAAGUUCCGCCUAUAUGGGCCCAGAGGGCCUAUCCCUCUCUUCUGGGUCUGACGGCUUGGUUCGUCGACCUUCUGCUCAGGCUGAGAGAACUCGAAACUUGGUCUACAGACUUUGUAUUACCAGCGUCGGUGUGGCUGGCUGGUUUUUUCAACCCUCAAUCGUUGCUGACUGCGAUUAUGCAGUCGACGGCAAGGAGAUACGAAUUGCCUCUGGAUAAAAUGUGCCUGCAGUGUGACGUGACGAAAAAGAACAAAGAGGAAUUUACUUCUGCACCGCGGGAGGGGGCCCACGUUCAUGGAAUAUUUAUGGAGGGUGCGCGGUGGGACGUGCAGACUGGAAUCAUCGUCGACUCCAGGCCGAAGGAACUCUUUCCUUCCAUGCCCGUGAUAAACGUUCGUGCUAUCACCCAGGACAAACAGGAUCUGAGGAACAUGUACGAGUGCCCCGUAUACAAGACAAGAACUCGGGGUCCUACCUACGUUUGGACCUUCAAUUUGAAGACCAAGGACAAACCGGCCAAAUGGACUCUGGCUGGAGUCGCUUUGCUGCUCCAGACGUAGGCGGAAACGAUUUUUAUUACAAUGUUACUACGCACGCAUACGUCAUUUAUAUUUAUGUAUAGAAUAAUUACGUAUACAGAUUGUGCAGGAAGAAUAAUUUAUAUGUAUACAAGGUGCGGGAUUAAAUGACAUUGUUGAAAUGGAUAUUAAAAUUCUGGACACAAUGGCUCAUUGUUGUACAGUAUAUAUGGGUACCUAUAAGCUUUUCCAAGUAUCGAUUACCAACCCAAAGGCAAGUCACUGAAAAAGCUCCUCUCUGAAUAAGAAAAGUUGAAUUCUAAAAGGAAAGAACAGACAUUUUUCAUGCGUGCCUUCGGGAGAGUUAAUAACUAUUCCAUAUUUGAUAGA